CUCAAAAGAUGAUGUUGCUCCUCCACUUCCAAAUUUUCGCCUGUUAGCCAAACUUCAGAUAUUGUGCUGUCAUUUCGAAAAAAGUUAUGCCGAAACUGAAUGCGUUAAGAUACGAAUUAUUUUCUUAUUCUACGAAAUUUUCAGACUAUUAACUGUUUUCACGGCAUAAAAAAUGGUUCAGGGGUAGGAUAUCUUUGAAACAUUAAGAUGAUCGUAUUUUAGGAAACACAAAAAAGUCGGAAAACUGGUGAAAUACGUGUAUCCCUCGAAAAGAUGAUUAGUGCUUUGAUAAGCAGUGCGCAAAGAGCAAAGAGUUAGAGAAUAUGAAAAACUAAAUAAUGCGCAAAUAAUUUUAAUUAGACGAUUUAGCAAUAGGAAAUAUGCAUAUCAAAUUUUCUUUGGCGCUAUUAAUAUUAACUAUUUGCGCAGUUGUAUUGACAAUUAAUCAACCAACUGGCGCCAGUCAUCAAUUUUUCGCUAAGAAAGUAAACAAUUGGGCAGGUAUAAAAAGGAGAGAUCUUCAAAUUUCAAUCAUAGUUCAUCCUUAGCUGCACUCAAGCGAGCGUUUUAGCUAAUCCAAAACUUUAACUAAUUUUACAAUAACAUCACAAGAGUUGUCAAGAAGCAAAACAAGGAUGCGUCCAUUGCUGCUGUUGGGAGUUUUCGUCUUUGUGUCGUUGUCUAUUUAUCAGGUUGAUUCUGCUACUACGACCACAACUGAAGAAACUACGGCCGAUGAUGAUGAUGAUGACGACUCUACUACCACGACCACUGCCGCAUCUUCAACGAGUUGUACAAACUCCUGUCGUCGUGUUCGUAAACCAGUUUGUGCUAGGGUCGGUGGCGUUAAACGAACUUUCAUUAAUCUCUGCUACAUGAAAGCGGCUAAGCGCUGUGCACGCAUCAAGGGUAGAAAAAAUGUAGUAUUCUUGCAUCGAAAUGCAUGUAGUCGGAAAUCUGGAUAAAAUGUAGUUGUAUAUAACUUCAAGAGGCGCAAAACUAUUGUUUCUGUAAAAAUAUUUCACUUUAAAACAGAGUUUAAUAAAAAAUGCAUUCUAAGCACGCAAAUAAAAUAAUUCUAAUUCAUUUCACAAUUGUACACGAUUGCGAUUCACGUUUGUUUCUAUUAAUUUUAGAUUAAUUAAUUAAUUAGAAUAGCUUAACAGUUUAAAAGCCACUGUGUUGCCAACAGCCUUCCCGCUAGUAGAAAAGGCAACGAAACACAGCUUGAAUUAUUUGUUCGCACGUAAAAGCGUAUUUGUUAACAGAGGGAAAGAGAUAUUGACAAAGAAUGAAAUCAAUGAAAUAUUAUUGUUAAUGAAAUUGAAAUCUCUGAUAUCAGCAUUAAUGGAACGUGACCAAAAUAAUUUAGUUAUAUUUAUUUUCCCAUUUAGUGAUUUAUACUUUAUUGGUUAGCAAUAGCGCAGAUUGAUAAGUAACUCAAUUAAAAAAGAAAAUAAUUUAUAUUACAUACGAUAUUAAUAUUUAAUAAUUGAACAAUUACAUUUUUUUGUUUUUUUACUUUUCAGCUCAAAAGGCGACUAAGCGCUUCUUUUAGUUCUAACAGUUUUGUGUCUUUUGGAAAACAUUAUUUCCGAACUCUCCUUCACAUAAGUUGUUUAUAUGAACUUUAACGCCCUUUUCCUCGCAUACAUUUUUUGGGCCAAUUGAACUUACGAAUGAACUUUGCACGCCUUAAAGUAUGCAAUGCUGUAUAGUAGAUUACACAACAAAUCAUCAAACUCAUACAAACAAAACUUGACUCUUUUAAGUGAUUCAAAGUAAUAGCUUUCUUGGGGGAUUGUAUUUUAUUUACGGAAACUAGCAACAAUAGCCAAUUAGGUAUACCUACUUGUAUCUUAGACUUUCUAAACUAGCAUAACAUAGCCAGUAAUAAAAUAUACAAACUGAAAGACGCUGCCUCGGUACAGCUAUAACAAAUUUCGCUCAACAUGACGAGCUCUAAUUUCGAACAUGAUUUCGAACAUAAUAAAUAAAAAUAAAAAAUUAGAUAAAAUUAAAUUACAAUAUAAAUGAAAAUGAAAAAAGUAAAACGAAAAUAUAUAAAAAGUAAACUAACAUAAAAUAAAAUAAAAUCCGAUCAAAAAAGAAUUCAAUUUAAAUUAUAUUAAAAUAAAGUAAAAUUGA